AUGUCUGAUUAUAUUGUUGACUUCACCCCGCUUGACAAAAUAAUCAAGGAGUGCGACCGCUGCCAGGGAUGCUUCAGUUCGGAUACUCCAUUCAGGCUCUACCACAACGAGGGAGGCAACACUCACAACUGCUAUCCCAAGUGUACAGAUUAUUACGAGAGUAAGAAGACCACCAGGUCCGCCGCUAUCACAGCAACCCUAGGACCCUCUGACACUACUUUGAAGAAAGCUACAUCUGCUUCAAAACGUGGAGAGGCUACCCUUCCCACUCGCGCCAUGCCUGGGUCCUCUCGGGCCACCGCCACACCAGCGGUUCAAGUCAAUAUAUCGGUAGUCUGUGGAGGAAGGACCUUAGAGCGAUCUAUCAGUGGUGGGCAAGGCGGCAUACAUCCUGAUGUCAAGGAUCAUCCAGAUUCAUGGACUUUGACCCAUACCCUGUAUCUUUUUCCUCCUGGAACCGACCUGGGCCCUUUCUUCCUCAUACAUCCCGGCCUGUACAUCAAGCCAUGCGGCAUCUUCAUUAAGUGGACUGCGUUCAAAGGAGGCCACCCACAUUCUGGUAGUGCGCUAACCGUCUACAAUCUUGAGUUGUUCCAUUGCUGGCAGGACACAUUUACUGUUGAGGCUUGA